AUGUCCACAUCGCUUGAUCAACUCAAACAAACUGGCACCGUCGUCGUCUCAGAUUCAGGCGAUUUCGAGAGCAUCGAUGCUUACAAGCCACAAGAUGCGACGACAAAUCCGUCAUUGAUUCUCGCCGCUGCAAACAAGCCCCAGUAUCAAAAACUUAUCGACGUCGCUGUUGAAUACGGCAAGUCCAAGGGUGGCGAUAUUGAUGCCCAGGCCAGCGCCGCACUCGACCGUCUCCUCGUCGAAUUCGGCAAAGAGAUUCUCGCGAUCAUCCCCGGUCGUGUCUCGACAGAAGUCGACGCACGUUUGAGCUUUGAUAAGGCUGCCACCAUUGCAAAGGCAAAGCAUCUUAUUGAGCUCUACCAGUCUCUCGGUAUCCCCAAGGAGCGUGUACUCAUCAAGAUUGCCUCGACUUGGGAAGGUAUCCAGGCUGCCCGCGAACUCGAGCGCGACGAGCAGAUUCACUGCAACCUCACCCUCCUCUUUGGCUUUGGACAAGCCGUCGCAUGCGCAGAGGCUGGUGUUACCCUCAUCUCACCCUUUGUUGGUCGUAUCCUCGACUGGUACAAGAAGUCGACCGGAAAGGACUACCAGGGUGACGAGGACCCGGGUGUUCAGUCCGUCAAGAAGAUUUUCAAGUACUACAAGCAACACAACUACAAGACCAUUGUCAUGGGUGCCUCUUUCCGUAACACUGGAGAGAUCAAGGCUCUCGCUGGUGUCGAUUUCCUCACCAUUUCGCCAAACCUCCUCGAGGAGCUCAAGAACUCGACGGCCGAGGUACCCAAGAGGCUGAGCGCUGAAGCUGAGCUCUCGUCAUCAGAUAAACUCGAAAAGGUUUCGUUCAUUGACAACGAGCCCGAGUUCCGGUGGGCACUUCUCCAGGACCAGAUGGCGUUCGACAAGCUUCACGAGGGUAUCAAGAAGUUUGCCGAGGACGGCGAUACACUCAAGUCUGUCCUCAAGAAGCGUCUGCAAACCUAA